AUGUCUGUUGUUAGCCCAUCGAUAUUGCGUAUUCAGGAGAAAUUUGAACCAAAAAGAAAUAGCACAGACGGGAUUCUUGUUUCAACUCUGCAAAACAAAAUAAACCAAUCAGCUAGUAAACCGGUAAAGGGCAAAUACAAGGACAAUGAUAUUCCAAAGAUUCCGCAAAUUCAGGCUCACGUUACUCCAAGGCAAUCAUCACCAUUAAUGAAAACGAAAACGGAAUCGUCAUCAACAACAUCAUCAGCAACAGCAAUAACAACUACAUCAAACAAAUCGACUUCAACACUAAUUUCAAAGUUACAGCUAAAGCGAAUAAAAUUACAUGAGCAAUAUUUGGUCAAACAAGCACGUAUAAAGAGACUCCAGGAAGAACUCGAUUUGCAAAAACAUGAGUUGCUAGAACUCGAAAUUGAGAUUGAAGACGUUAAUAGACAAGAGAUUGCUCUAAAUAACCAAUCAAGCCCAUCAAAACAAAACAUAUACAAACAGGCUUUUUUACAAACAGAGAAAGAUCUAAAAAACUUGAAAGUCCAAGAUAACAUAAAGUCUACUACUUAUGCACCUCCAGCUCCUUUAUUUAGCCCCUUAAAGAAACAAGCAUCCUUCAUAAUGUCUCAAGCAAUGGACGAAUGCGCUAGUGUAACAAAGAAAGCCUCAGCUAUUUUUGAUAGUCAGCUUGUCAAACAAUCAAAUGCCAACUUGGAUAGCUUAACUAGACAAACUAGUCAAUUUUUCACCAGCAUAUUUAAAGAUCCCAAACAGCCGCAGAAAAGGGACCGAAUGGAUAUUCUUUUCGAUGUAGAGAAUCUAGAAAGCGCCCAUGUCAUACAUGACAACGACAUUGUAGAUAUAGACAAUUACGACUCAUCAUUAUCUGAAUAA